AUAAAUAUAUAUUUUUUUUACAGGAGUAAAACAUCCAAGAAUCUUUUCCUUCAACAUGGCUCCACGAAAAGUAAAAACUACAAAGGAAGAACCAACUUUAGCAAUAGGACCUCAAGCUCGAGAAGGAGAAAAUGUUUUUGGCGUAGCACACAUAUAUGCAAGUUUUAACGAUACUUUUGUUCAUGUUACAGAUCUUUCUGGAAGAGAAACUAUCUGCCGGGUAACAGGAGGAAUGAAAGUUAAAGCUGAUAGAGAUGAAUCAUCACCAUACGCUGCUAUGUUGGCUGCUCAAGAUGUUGCUGAAAGAUGCAAACAAUUGGGAAUAACAGCCUUACAUAUAAAACUUAGAGCAACUGGUGGAAAUAGGACCAAAACUCCUGGCCCAGGUGCUCAAUCUGCUUUAAGAGCAUUAGCACGUUCUGGAAUCAAAAUUGGGAGAAUUGAGGAUGUGACACCAAUACCUUCUGAUAGUACAAGAAGAAAGGGUGGUAGAAGAGGUCGCCGUUUAUAAAACUAUUUUAUUUAAACCAAAUUUCUACUAUUAUAUUAUAUAUGUAACUUAUCGAAUUGUGGUAAUAAAAGAUAUCUGAGAUAUUAAAA